AAGCACUCGCUAUUGGCUGGAAAAUGUGAACGUGAUAAUCAAUAUUUGACCCAAAGUAUGUGGAGACAUAUACAUCUAUAAUCAUUCUUAAAAGGGAGCCACAGCAGUCGAUUGAGUCCAACGAUUCAAGAUGAAGAGUUCUCUGCUUUAUCUAACGGUGCUGUUGAUAUGCAUUACAGAAAUUGAGUCUUUGCCAAACCCUAAAAUGCUGACAGAACUUGGAAGCUUAGCAAGCUGGGAGGCCAAACAAAACUUUGGAAUUGAAACCCGAGAGUCCAAUCUGAUGUGCGCCGCUUGCGUGGAUGAUUCUUGUUCUGAUGAACGCGUGGACAACUGUGCUCCAGGAUUUUCCUGUGUGACUGUAAAUACAGUUGAUAAUCAAAAUCAGCCAGGCCUUCUUAAGUUUUGUUUCUUGACAAUUUUUUGCUCUGGAAACACUUUAUGCAAUUCGCGUAACGAUACCUUGGAAGGAAACCUGACAUCUUGUAUGUUAGAAUGUUGCUCUACCAAUUUAUGCAAUGCAGCAGUUACGCCGACCACAAUGACCGAAGGACCGAACACUACCGAGACAUCAACAACCACAGAGGCUCCGACCACCACCGAGGCACCUACGACCACUGAGGCGCCGACGACGACAGAGGCACCAACGACCACCGAGGCGCCGACGACGACAUCGGCACCAACGACUACCGCCGCACCUACCACACCCGCACCGACAAUGAUUACAAUUACACCAGGGGUAUGCGGAGGUCCACUUGCUCCUCCAUCUGGAUACUUUUCCUCUCCAUUUUACCCACGCAGUUACCCCAACAAUGCUAAUUGCGUUUGGACGAUUAUGGUUCCACGCGGGUCUGUUUUAAAGAUAGAUUUUCUCGCCUUUGACACCGAAGAAUGCUUUGAUUCCCUCCAUAUAUAUGUGGGUAGAAGGUUGGUUCAUCGUCUUUCCGGGGACGACGCUGACGAUGAUGAUGAUGAUGAUAGAUUUGAGAAAUGUGAGAAGGAUGAUAAAGAUGACGGUGAUGACGGAGAAGGUAUAUUUGGCUGGUACUUCAACCGAGAUGAGGAGCUUGAAGAUGAAUCUGUCACUAUUCAGGGAACAGGAGAGAUGAUAAGACUCGUUUUUAUGUCAGAUUACAGCAUUACCAAGAGAGGAUUCUAUGCUAAAUACAGUGUAAUGAAAGCGAUUUGUGGAGGCCCAUUGGCGUUGCCAUCCGGAACCUUCAGAUCCCCUGGCUACCCCGGCAAGUAUCCGGACGACGUUAAAUGCAUCUGGACAAUUAGAGUUCCACCAGGAUCUACACUGGAAUUAGAUUUUCGAUUCUUCAAAACUGAAAAAUGCGAUGAUUACCUCAAAAUUUUGCAAGGGGGCCGCAAAAUACGAAAACUAAGUGGUGUUUACAGAUACAGCUUGUUUGGAUGGGGGAAUAAUGAUGACGACGAUUGUGACGAUGAUGACAAGGAUGGCGAAGAUGGCGAAGAAGGUGAAGAUGAUGAAUAUGUUGGUGAAGAUCGUUCCAAAAGGUUCAUCUUCCCAGUACAGAGGUUUCCCUCUCCAGUAGGGAAUCGUCUUGGUUUUCCAAUGAGAGGCCGCAUUGGCGCCCCAUAUGUUACACGAGUCCUUAUUCCAGGAACGGGAGAGCUGAUAUCGAUUGUCUUCAAAUCCGAUGACGACGAUGUCACUGAAAAGGGUUUUGAAGCAAUGUACCGUGUUAGACCAGGGGUAGCUUUUCACGGUUGACCAGAAGACACGAAG